AAUCAAUUCUCCUCGCUUGCUCGCUCGCGCGGCUCAUCUCUCUCGCCGGAUUCUACCUUAAUCAAUUCUCCUCGCUUGCUCGCUCGCGCGGCUCAUCUCUCUCGCCGGAUUCUACCUUCGUCAAGAUAGACGAGCGCGCGCAGGGGGUCCAAGUCCCUUUAAGCCGAACCAACACGCGCACGGCGAGCCAGUUGGCCAUCCAGCCAGCCACCCUCCUGAACACCCGUCUACACGACAAUCAAACAAAUGGGGACCUCACUAGACCCUGA